CGCACUCGUCCGGAAUAAGAUCUCUCGAAGGAUUGCGAUGGCAGAUGCGUCAUGGUACCAUAGCGCCUGCGUCAGCGUCCGCGCCGCGACGGGCCUCCCGCCGUACUGCCGCCACGUCCUAUUGCACUUUGUCUACGAGCACACAACCGCGAAGCGCGUCUUGACCAAGAGCCCGCCAGCGACUGUCCGCCAACAGGGCAUGGCCAUCUGGACCGACGCCACCGCAGUUGUGCCAACGACGAGCCCGUGCGUCACGAUCGAGCUGUGGCACGCGCACCGCGACCACGACCUCUUCCUCGGCUGCGUCGAGGUGGCGCUCACCAAGUCACCGCCGACGCCAGAAGUGGGACCGGUAUGGGUCAUGGUCCAUGCUGCUCGCUACGAAGGCGUGCCGACGACGGGCAUGAGCUUGGAGGUGGUCGUCUCGUACAUACAGGCGAGCACUCUGCGCCGGACAAAGCCGGUCGGGCCGGCGCCGAGCGUUGUGGACCCAGCGUUCCGCUUCCGUGUGCCCCACUUGGACAUCAACUGGGCCGAGGUUGUCAGCACCAACGUGCAAGAAAUCUUCUUCCUCGGCACGACCGACCCACUGCUUGCGCUCCAGAGCACCGUCCUGUACGGCAACACGCUCGCCACCUUGGACAUCGAUAUCGACAAGGACCAUGAAAAAGCCUUCCAAAUGUGCCAGUUUGCGGCCCAGUAUCUACAAAGUUGCGUCGAUUUGCUCACACAGCGCCAAGCGCAGUACGAAGGCGCUCUGACCGACCUCGUCCAGCGACAAGCCGACCUCCGUGACCAGCACCAGGCCAAAAAGCACCUUCUUCACAAGCUACGUAAGCAAGUCGCCGACUGCGACGUGCUUCUCACAGCGUACGAUGUCGUGGCCGCCAAGUUACCGCCACCAACCACAACGCCAGCCCCACCUACAGCGACAACAAUCGCUCCGUCGAUCGCAGUGUCUUUGCCCACUGCUGAGACGAUACCGUCACCGCCGUCGGUCGAAAAGUCGACCGACCACGAGUCGCUCAAGGCCACGGCGAUGCUCACGACGUACGAAGAACGCAUGGAGAAGCUGCGGCUCGCCAAAGAGGCGACGCGGGCCGAGCGCAUCGAAGCCGAGAAGCGUCGCCUCUUGCAGACAAUGGCCGAACAGGCCAAGCAGCGCGAGUGGCGCGACGCCCUUGCGCUUCAGGACAGCGCGGCCGUGCACAUUGCAGCGUGCCGACUCCAAGCGUGGUGCCGACACCUCGCUUUCAUAACUCGAUACCGGCGCGACCGCCACCAAUUCCUUGCCGCGCAGUGCAUUCAAGCCAGAGUUCGGCAGCGUCAUGCAGCACGUGCUGUCCUUCUACUGCGUCAACGUCGAGCGAUCGAAGCGACCCAAAUGCACCUGCAGUACGAACACGUCCAGCGGGAGCAAGCUGCGCGUGUAGAGGCGCAGCGCCAAGCCGACAUCAAGGCGCUUGAGCCGGUGCUGCUCUUGUGGAACGACCUCCAGCAUGCCUUUGCUACCGCCAUUGCCAACGGGACGGACGUCUUUGGCUUCUUUGAUCGAAAGCGAUGCGGCAGCGUGGACCGGGCGUCGUUUCGGCAGCAGCUCGCGCGGCUCGGCUUUGACGUGCCCCGCCCCGUGAUACGCCGGUUGAUCCAGCAGAUCCAUGCCAAGAACCAAUUCAGCUCGUCUCAUCUUGGGUUUACUCGGCCGCAGUUCAACACUGCGUUCGAGCUCCAAGAUAUCGAGCCGCCACCCCCACCGGUUGUCGAGCCGCUUGCCGUCCCGCCGUCAUUGCAGGAAGAGCAGGCACCAUUGCAGACGACGUCAACUACACCCACAGGCGACAUGGACUCGAUCGAGCACCUCAGCAGUGUCAUCCACGCCCUCCGUGCACGCAUUCUCGAGGCCGCGACCGCUCGCCUUGGACAUGGCACUUCGCUUUCGUUCGAGGCGAUGAAGGCCGCGCUCGCAUCGGUCUUCGAGUCGCUCGACACCGAGGCGGGCGGCGACCUGCCUCUCGCCAGCUUCCGCGACGGCUUGCAGUCGGCACUGCACUUGCACUUUGAGGACGACGUGUGGGCGAUCGUGGACGCGUGCUUGGACGUGGAUGGCAGCGGCUCCAUUAGCAUUGCCGAGUUCGUCUCGUUUGCGUUCACGUCGCCAACGUCCGAGGAGCUCGGUGUGCUCGGGUAUCGGCUCCGCGAUGCAAUUCUACAGCGGAUCAAAGCCGCCCGCAAGGACGCCGGCGGUCUCGAAGCCGCAGUGCAAGCUGUGUUUUACCCGCUGUACAAGCGCGCCACGGACGCCGCACCCGUGGCGGCCUUUUGCCACACGCUCCAGCAGCUGCAUCUCGGGUUCUCGCCUCCGCAGCUCUCGCGCCUCGUCAUGCGGCUCGAUAACGACGGCGACCAUACGAUAUCGCUCGACGAACUCCUGCGCUGGCUCAAGCUUCGGACGGGCCCGAAAGUGGUCGUGGAAGCGACACAACCGCGCCUGAGCAUGUCGAGCCUUGUCGUCAAGCAGGUCCGCGAUGCGCUCGUAUCGGUCGCGCGAGCGCACCACGACGGCAACGUCAAGAGCCUCUUUGAGGCGAUGGACGCCAACGGCAGCAAGCAGCUCAACGCGCGUGAGAUCCACGCGUUCUUGAGAGAGCAUACGCCGCUGCCUCUCUCGGCCAUUGACGCCGCGGUGCGGUGCAUGGACGUCGGUGGCAACGGCGUCGUCUCCAAGAGCGAGCUCGUCGCGUUUUGCAGCGAAGCGACCGAGACCGAAGAAGUCGGCGUCCUCGCCGAGCAGUGCCGCGCCGCGCUUCUGCACUUGGACGUGCCAGCGCUCCAAGCGUGGUUUGAAGCGUUGGACCCUACGGCGCGCGGCCAAGUGCGCGUCGCGGAGGUCAGGAAGGCGCUCAAGAAGCUCGUCAAGCUCCACGACCAUGAUUUGGAUCUCGUGCUGCAGCGGCUCGACAAGGAUAAGAGCGGCGCGAUAUCGACGGCCGAGAUGCUCUCGUGGGUCCACCCGGUCCGGGACAUUGAAGUGCUCUUGGCGCUUGUCGAGAGCAAUGCAUCGCUUCAAGCACUCUCGCUGGAGGCGUUAGUCGCUGCCUUGGACGCCGACGGCAACGGUGCGGUCGGUAUCGACGAGCUGCACGCGGGCCUGAACCUAUAUGGACUUCGGCUCCAGCGCGCCGAGGCCGCGCUGCUGCUCGACGAGUUCGACAUUGAUAACGACGGCAUUCUCACAAAAGGCGAGCUCCAAGCGAUGCUGACCAACAGUGCCGGCGAUGCGUACAGCAGCGACGAAGACGCCCCAGACGACGCCUAUGGCUAUGGCGAGGACGGGUUUGACGAGGACUAGCGACGUGUACUACGGACUACCUAUGUCCCUUGUUACUACUCGUCAAAAUCAAAUACGGUGAGAAGACAC